GGCUUAUUUUUAGUCAUUUACACAUUUUUCAUAUAACAGUUUAAUCAUGAACACUGUUAAUAUAAAUUGUUCUUCUUCAGAACUUCAACCAGAGUUUAUGAGUUUAUGAAAACAGCUGUGUGUUGGUGUCAUUUAGGGUGGUACAUCGCCACAUUGUGGAAUAAACUGUAAUCAACCUUUGUAAAUACUGCAUAUCCCAGCAAAUACUGCAUUAACGUUAUACUGCAAGAACUCUGCAAGUAUAACUUUAUUUUUUUAUAAUUAUUAUUGUUCUUCUGGUUUGCAGAUAAACAAUACUGUGCACAGUUUAUGGUUUUUGACUUGACCAGUCAUGCAGUGUUGCUUUGAUUGUGGGUUUGCUGUGGACACUGAGAAGAAUAUUAGCACGUGGAACAAAAGGACGACAUUUCUACACUUUGAAGUGUUUGGUCAAACUGAGGCACUCUGUAUAAACUGUAGGCAAAAAGUUUCACUUUUAAAGCUAUGAACAAACUUGGAUGGAGUGACACGAAUCACAGUAAAACAGUUCUUUUUUUCCUUUUUCUUUUUUUAAUGUUUUUGUGGAUGAAUUUCUUGGCCCAUUUAAAAAUCCUGCUUAUCCUGCCACUCCAGCCUAGCAGGGGGCAGUAUUACUCCUACAUGUUUAAAAGAAUAAAAGAAGAAGAGUCGUAGCAAGCCUGCAGUGACGUCAUCACUUCCUGGUUAUUAUUUACUUUCAUUUUAUGGCUUGAACCUGCAGAUGAUUGUCUCCGUGCAGAGGUUUCUGUGCUUCAGCUGAUUCUGUGAUGGCGCUGUGUGAAAACAAAGAGGAGCUUCCUCCUCCCUCUAAAGCCACUCUGUGUGGAGACGAGAUCACCAAAGCUCAGAGCCCAGAGAAGGAGCACACACCCCACACUGCCCACCGUGAACCUGAACCCAGCUGUAUGUCCGUGAUGAGCAACCAGUCGAACGAGCGAUAUAUUGAUUUCAAACAAGGAGCACAGGAAACAAAGAUACGUCAGAGAAAAAAAUCUCCUAAACCUGAACCCGUCUGUGUGUCCACGAUGAGCAGCAGCUCAAAUGAGCGAUAUAUUGAUUUCAAACAAGCACCAGUGGAGACGAGGGGUCAUCAGAUUCCAGAUACUUCUAAACCCGGACCCAGCUGUGUGUCAAUGAUGAGCGACCAGUCGAACGAGCGACAUAUUGAUUUCAAGCAAGGAGCACAGGGCACAAAGAUACGUCAGAGAAAAAAAUCUCCUAAACCUGAACCCGUCUGUGUGUCCACGAUGAGCAGCAGCUCAAAUGAGCGACAUAUUGAUUUCAGCCGAGCUACAGAGAACAGUCAGAACCUGCCUGCUAAUGAAGGCUGGUUCUCCUUCAUGAAGAACUGGAUCAUGGAUGUUAUCAUGAAUUUCUUACAAAGAUUAUUUGGGAAACAGUUACAACAGAUACCAGCAUCUACUGAACCUGAUUCAUCAGCACCCACAACGUUCGAUGAAUCUGUUCUUUAUAACUCCAUCAAUGAACUCGACUCUUUUAACGAGACGUUACAACAGAUACCAGCGUCUACUGAACCUGAACCUCAGCUUCAGCCCAGCUUUGCACCCACAUUGUGCAAUGAAUCUGUUCUUCAUAAAUCCAGCGAUGAACUCGACUUUAAGCUGCUGGAGGACAACAUUAUCACUUUUGUGAAAAAUGAGCUGAAGAAGAUCCAGAAGAUUUUGUGUCCAGAUAACUCAGAGAGUCAGAUGGAGGAAGAGACACUGCUGGGGGGUGAGGGUGAAGAACAGAAGAAAAGAGAGGCAUUGGUGAAGCUCACCCUGCAUUUCCUAAGAACAAUCAAAAAGGACGAGUGGGCUGACCGUCUGCAGAACAAACUUUUUGCUCCACAAUGUCAACGUAAACUUAAAAGUAAUCUGAAGAAGAAGUUCCAGUGUGUGUUUGAGGGGAUCGCUAAAGCAGGACACCCAACGCUACUGAAUCAGAUCUACACUGAGCUGUACAUCACAGAGGGAGGGACUGCAGAGGUCAAUAAUGAACAUGAGGUCAGACAGCUUGAAACAGCAUCCAGGAAACCAGACAGACCAGAAACAACAAUCAGACAAGAAGACAUCUUUAAAAGGUCACCUGGAAGAGAUAAACCAAUCAGAACAGUGCUGACAAAGGGAGUGGCGGGCAUUGGGAAAACUGUCUUAAUUCAAAAGUUAACUCUAGACUGGGCUGAAGAAAAAGCUAACCCGGACAUCCAUUUCACAUUUCCAUUUACAUUCAGAGAGCUUAAUGUGCUGAAAAAGAAAAAGUUCAGCUUGGUGGAACUUGUUCAUCACUUCUUUGCUGAAACCAAAAAAGCAGGAAUAUGCAGGUUUGAAGACUUCCAGGUCGUGUUCAUCUUGGAUGGUCUGGAUGAGUGUCGACUUCCUUUGGACUUUCACAAUACUGAGAUCCUAACUGAUGUUACACUAUCCACCUCAGUGGAUGUGCUGCUGACAAACCUCAUCAGGGGGAAACUGCUUCCCUCCGCUCGUGUCUGGAUAACCACACGACCUGCAGCAGCCAGUCAGAUUCCUCCUAAGUUUGUUGACAUGGUGACAGAAGUCAGAGGGUUCACUGACCCACAGAAGGAAGAGUACUUCAGGAAGAGAUUCAGAGAUGAGGAGCAGGCCAACAGGAUCAUCACCCACAUCAAGAAAUCGCGAAGCCUGCAUAUCAUGUGCCAUAUCCCAGUCUUCUGCUGGAUCACUGCUACAGUUCUGGAGGAUAUGUUGAAGCCUAGAGAGGGAGCAGAGUUGCCCAAGACUCUGACUGAGAUGUACAUCCAUUUCCUGGUGGUUCAAUCCAAAGUGAAGAAAGUCAAGUAUGAUGGUGGUGUUGAGACAGAUUCACACUGGAAUUUAGAAAGCAGAAAGAUGAUUGAAUCUCUGGGAAAACUGGCUUUUGACCAGCUAGAGAACGGAAAACUGAUCUUUUAUGAAUCAGACCUGACAGACUGUGGCAUCGACAUCAGAGCAGCCUCAGUGUACUCAGGAGUUUUCACACAGAUCUUUAAAGAGGAAAAAGGGCUAUAUCAGAACCCAGUGUUCUGCUUCAUCCAUCUGAGCGUUCAGGAGUUUCUGGCUGCUCUUCAUGUCCAUCUGACCUUCAUCAACUCUGGAGUCAGUGUGCUACCAGAGGAACAAACAGCAUCUCAGACAUCUGAAACACCUAAAAAUAAGAUUGUAAAGUCAGACUUCUACCAACAUGCUGUGGACAAGGCUUUGCAGAGUCCAAAUGGACAUCUGGACUUGUUCCUCCGCUUCCUCCUGGGUCUUUCAUUGCAGACAAAUCAGGAUCUUCUAAAAGGCCUGCAGACACAGACAGAAAGCAGUUCAGAAACCAAUAAGGAAACAGUCCAGUACAUUAAGAAGAAAAUUGGUGAGAAUCUGUCUGCAGAGAAAAGCAUCAAUCUGUUCCACUGUCUGAAUGAACUGAACGAUCGUUCUCUAGUGGAGGAGAUCCAACAGUCCCUGAGUUCAGGAAGCCUCUCUAUAGAUAAACUGUCUCCUGCUCAGUGGUCAGCUCUGGUCUUCAUCUUACUGUCAUCAGAAAAUGAUCUGGAUGUGUUUGACCUGAAGAAAUACUCUGCUACAGAGGAGGCACUUCUGAGGCUGCUGCCAGUGGUCAAAGCCUCAAGAAAAGCCGUACUGACUGACUGUAACCUCUCAAAGACAAGCUGUGAAGCUCUGACUUCAGUCCUCAGUAACCCAGUCUCUAGUCUACUUGAGCUAGACCUGAGUAACAACACCCUGCAGGAUUCUGGAGUGAAAGCACUUUUUGUUAAACUGGGGAACCCAGACUGUAAACUGGAAACUCUAAGGCUGUCAGGCUGUCAGAUCACAGAGGAUGGCUGUAGGUCUCUUGUCUCAGCACUUAACUCCAAGCAUACCCACUUGAAAGAACUGGACUUGAGCUACAAUAAUCCAGGGGACUCAGGAGUGCAACUGUUGUCAGAUGAACUACAGCGUUCAUUACAGAAGCUAGAAAUUCUGAGACUGAGUGUCUGUAACCUGUCAGAGAAAAGCUGCGAAGCUCUUUCUCCGGCUCUCUCCUGCCAAUCAUCGAGUCUGAGAGAGCUGGACCUGAAUAACAACAACCUGAAAGAUACAGGAGCAAAGGCACUGUCCACUGGAUUGGAAAGUCAACACUGCAAACUGGAAACUCUCAGGCUGUCGGGCUGCUUGAUCACAAAGGAUGGCUGCGCUUCUCUGGCCUCAGCUCUGAACUCCAACCCCUCUCAUCUGAAAGUGCUGGACUUGAGUUACAAUCAUCCAGAGGAUGCAGGAGUGGAGCUUCAGACUGGCGUAAAGGACCAACACUGGAAACUGGAAAUCCUAAGGGUGGAACCUGCUGGAGCCAAGUGGUUGAAACCAGGUUUGAAGAAGUAUCUCUCUAAACUCACGGUCGACACAAACACAAUAAACAAAAAUCUCAAACUGUCUACGAAUAACAUGAAGGUGACACAUACAAGAAACGACUUCAUAUAUCCUGAUCAUGCUGACAGAUUUGUCGACUGGUGUCAGCUGCUGUGUAAAGAUGUUUUACAUGGUCGCUGUUACUGGGAGGUGGAGUGGACAGGUGAGGUUGAUAUAUCAGUAAGUUACAGAGGAAUAGGAAGGAAGGGAGAACGAAAGAACUGCAGAUUUGGAGAGAAUCCUCAGUCCUGGAGUCUGGACUGCUCUAAUACCCGUGGCUACACUGUGUACCACAAUCAGAGAAUAUCAGUCAUUCACCCCUCGUCCUCCUCAUCCCCUCCCUGUGGUUCUAAGCGAGUAGCAGUGUAUGUGGACUGUCCUGCUGGCACUGUGUCCUUCUACAAUGUCUCCAGUGACUCUCUGAUCCACCUCCACACCUUCAACACCAAAUUCAUUGAACCUCUUUAUCCUGGCUUUGGAGUCUGGCACCAUUCAUGUGGUUCCUCAGUGCGUCUGUGUUCUGUGCAGGUGGAAGAAUCUCCUUCUGUCAGAGAAACUGUGUAACUGCAAAUACACGGAAAAAUCUACAGGCUCUCAUGGACUCGGAUCACGUUUAAGGUCUACAUGAGGGAUUUCUUAAGAACUUAAGGAUUGUAUUUUUAAAUUGGGAUUGUGUCUAACUAUUGCAGUGAUUCUGUAACACACAAUUGUUUUUGUUUUUUUUUACUAUUUGGAGCAUCUGUGUAUGUUUUAUAGUUUCAUAUUUAUUUUCUCUGAAAUAGGACAAAAUCGAAAACGUAAACUUUGAAGACCAAAUGAAACUUAGACUAGUGUUGUAAAAUAAAUAUUUAAUGUAUAUAGUAUACAUGCAGUAUUAUAUAAUUGGUAUAGAAGGGUGUGUUGUAGAUGUAUAAAUCAUUUUAUUAAGUAUUAGAGGGAAAAAAAAACAACUCUUGAAAUACAGUGGUCCCUCGUUUAUCGUGGGAGUUACGUUAAAAAAAUAACCCGCAAUAGGUGAAAUCCGCGAAGUAGCCAACUUUAUUUUUUACAAUUAUUCUAGAUAUUUUCAGGCUGUGAAACCCCUCACUACACACUUUGUACACUUUUCUCAGACAGGCAUGAACAUUUUCAUACCUUUCACUCUUGUUUAUAUACUCUCAAGGUUCAAACCUUCGUAGAAAAAAAAGUCUAGUAUUAUAGACUGACAACAAAGGCAUGCGCAUUUGCCUUUGACGGGCAAAAGGUUUCGUCAUCGUUGUGUUUGUUGGGGAGAAAACGUACAAACAUACAGUACAGUGUACAGAAGACACGGCACGAGAUUGAUUGACAAUGGUCUACAGCCAAUCAGGACGCAGAACACAAUGUGCUGUUUAAAAAAAAAAAAAAAAACAUAAAAAAGAAAAAAGUAUCCGCGAAACAGCGAGGCCGCGAAAAGUGUACCGCGUUAUAGUGAAGGACCACUGUACACCUUCUGUUGUCAGCACAACUGGUAUUAGAAACAGAUGACGCUGGAGCUCAUGUCAUUUUGUAUUCAGCAUGAAGCAGACAGCUCUGAUUAAAACCAGCCUACAGUGAGCUUCAAACAGCUGUUCAUCGUCACAAACUGCUCCACCCUGUAAAACUAAAACUUUGUGAAAUUCACCUCAAAUAUAAAUGUAUUUAUAUUGAUUUGAAUAUUGCAGACAGAAAUAAUGUGAAUUAGGUUUCCCGCCAGGUUGAAGCUGAGUUGUUGUCAGCAUUAAAAGACUACUUGCAUAAAUACAUUGAAAUCUCUUAGGUUACAGUAAAAGUUUAAAAAAAAAAAAAAGUCAGUUAAAUCACCUGCGGUGGAUAUGAUCGGUGUGAAAAUUUUUAAUCUAAAUGUAACAAAGCUUGGUUGGUGGUCAGCAGUGCUGCCUAAGAGCAAGAAAGAUUUUGAAAACCCUUACUCUUACCAAAAAUUUCUCUAAGUUGAAAGAUGAAUUUAAUAGGAUGGAACCAUAACCAAAAUAUGACAUUGAUUGUUUGUUUGUUUUUCAUUUUGCAAUUAGAAACGAAGUUUUAUGAUAUAUAUAUUCUAAGCAAAGGUGACACAGUAGUGGAAUGGUUAGCACUGUUACCUCACAGUAAGAAGAUCUCGGGGCUGGCUGGGACUCUGAUGUGGAGCUUGGAUUUUCUUCACUUGCUUCUCACUCGGUACUAAGGCUUCUCUCACAGUCAAAAGUAAAAUUUAAAAAAGGUAUAAAACAAAAAUACUAGUUAGAAUAAGCCAACAUCUGCAUACAUAAGCCAUAGUGGAGAGAGAAUAGCUGAUAAUAAAUAGCUGUCUGGCUCUGUGCAUUUGCAAACUGUCCAUGGUGUACCAUCUCUUGUGAUUUAGAAAAGCUGGUUUAGAUUCUGGGGGGUGAAUAGUGAGAUGCUUAUCUCGCUCGGCUUGUGUGUGGACACGUGAUGCACAAAUAAGAGUGAUUAAUAUUUCACUGUCUUGUUGAGUGUUAUACCAAUCAGAAGUGACAAAUGUUGGGAUCAGCUUUGAACCGACCCCAAAAUAAUAAAAGGCUAAAAUUAUAUUACUGACCCCUGCUUAAAUAUGCAGAUUUGUGAUUUUAUCUUUGCCAACUGAAUAUCUUUGGCUUUUGGAAUAUUGGUGAAACGUGAUAUAAAUUGCAAUCAAAUGAGAUGGGGUGUUGUGACUGUGAAUGGUUCUUCCACAUGCUACUGAGGCACUUGUUUACUAAAAUAAUAAAUUCUUAAAUUGCCA